AUGGAUGCUGAAAUGCGCUACUAUGGGGUACCUGACUCCUACCAACAAUCCUAUCAAUAUUACAAGGACGAAUAUCUUUGUUUAUGGGAAGUCACAGUGCACGAAAUUGUUGGGCAUUGGCACUGGGAUGAGCUCGAUGAAACUAGCAGUUGGUACGAGAAGAUUAUAUUGCCUGCGUUUAAAAAUCAUAACGAGAUACACCUUGCGGGUCGAGAGGUUCUUGAUAUGUUAGAUUUAUUGGAUGCUUUGGCUGGCAGCUCGACACUGUUUGGAAAUGACCGACUUAGUCCAUGUGGAUCAUUAUAUUCAGGCUGGCACAUAUCAAGUGAAGAAGACAAUAUCUGCUUUGAGGAUGAAUACGGCCUGUCCGACACGGACGACGAAGCCGAAGAGCCUAAUUUAGUGGACGAUAUGUUUAAAAUACUCGAGGGGGAUUGGUUAUGA